CGCGCCUGCGCCUGCACCCGCCCAGCCGGUAACUUGCAGUCUGCGGCGGACGGGCCUGGGGGAGGCCAAGCUGGACCUGACCCGGCCAGGCCAGGUGUAGGCAGGCGGGCCGAGAUGUGGGUGUUCGGCUACGGGUCCCUGAUCUGGAAGGUGGAUUUCCCGUACCAGGACAAGCUGGUCGGACACAUCACGGGCUACAGCAGGCGCUUCUGGCAGGGCAGCACCGAUCACCGUGGGGUGCCCGGCAAGCCUGGAAGAGUUGUGACUCUUGUUGAAGAUCCUGGGGGCUGUGUGUGGGGUGUUGCUUACAAACUCCCAGCAGGAAAGGAAGAAGAAGUGAAAGCAUACCUGGACUUUCGAGAGAAAGGAGGCUACAUGACCACCACAGUCCUCUUCUACCCCAAAGACCCCGACACGACACCCUUCAGUGUACUGCUAUACAUCGGAACCUGUGACAACCCCAACUACCUUGGGCCUGCACCUCUGGAAGACAUCGCUGAGCAGAUAUUUAACGCAGCUGGCCCCAGUGGAAGAAACACAGAAUACCUUUUUGAACUCGCAAAUUCUAUUAGGAACCUUGUGCCAGAAGAUGCAGAUGAGCAUCUUUUUUCUUUGGAAAAACUAGUAAAGGAACGUUUAGAAGGAAAACAGAAUCUUAAUUGCAUAUGAAAACACCCAAUCACUGGCUUUUCCACAUAAGCAGAGCUCUUAGUCUUCAGAGAAUAGCUUCCUUCCACAAAGGCCAUAUGAUUCGGAAAUGUGUUUACUUCAAGACCUUAUUUAUUUUUAAAGUUGUAGUCAAUAUAUUUCAAAUUUAGUUUUACUAUAAAUGUCCUAAAUACGUUCAGUAUACUGAGAUCUAGAUAAAAAAUUUCCAAGCUUUAAUAUAAUGAUUUCCUAAUAAUAUGAGGCUGAACAUUUAUGUAUGAGAAUUGAGUUCUCUACAAAAGCACAGUGAAAGACUCACUUUAGAGCUUGUUUUU